AUGACAAAAUUAUUUUGGUUUCUACGCCGCGAUCAGCCAUUGGAGCUGUACUUUUACGCAGUGCCCCAACUCUGUCUGAGAACAAUGGGAUACUGGCCGAGUCCCAAGACACCAAUGAAGAGGCCAUGGAGGGCGUACAUAAACUUUAUGGUGUUGGGUAUUGGCGUUAUGACCGAGCUACAUGCUGGCGCCAUGUUUGCGCGCUCCAAUCAACUCUCAUUGGCCAUAGAGACCUUUUGUCCGGCCUACACAUCGUUUGUGACGCUGCUGAAAAUGUUUCUUAUGCUGAACUAUCGACAUGAUCUUCACUAUGUGGUCGAUCAGCAGCGAGAACUGCUUUUCGGCCAUGAGAUUGCUGCUGAAACACAUGAGAUUAUACGAAAGAAUUCUUUGAUGGCGACUCGCUUCAAUUUCUGGCCAUUUUCCGCUGGCUUCAGCACCAGCAGCAUGUACAAUCUGAAGCCGUUGCUCUUGGCCUUGGUGCUCCAUCUGCAGCGACGCAACGAUGAGAUUGUCUGGGGCUUACCCUUCAAUCACACGUGAGUUGAGUGACUGUUGAAUGCAUGACACUAUAUAAUCCCUCUUUGUUGCAGCAUGCCCAGCUUUUUGCUCAGCUGGCCUUAUUUGCCGGCCAUGUUCAUCUUCUCGGCGUACACGGGCUACAUAACCAUCUUCAUGUUUGGCGGCUGUGAUGCCUUCUACUUUGAGUUCUGUGUGCAUAUUGGCACACUCUUCAAAUCCUUGCAGGUGGACACACGUGCUCUGUUCCAGCCCUACGAGGAUCUCUUGCAAAUAGAUGGAGUGCACGCUGCACGCUUUGAGGCUGCUUUGGUGGAACUGAUCAAGCGACAGAAUCGCAUCAUCGAUUUGACUCACUUCUUUGGCGAACGCUACUGGAUCAUCACGCUGCUGCACUUUGUCUCCGCCAGCAUGGUGAUUGCGGUCAGCAUCUUCAAUCUGAUGACCGUCGGUGGCAAUGGUUUCGGCACUCUGCUCUACGUGAGCUACACGAUUGCAGCGCUCAGCCAACUACUCAUCUAUUGCUAUGGCGGAACGCUGGUGGCCGAGAGCAGCAUGGAACUGGCUGUGGUUAUGGGCAGCUGUCCCUGGCAUCGAUGUCUGCCCCGACAUCGUCGUUAUGUGCACAUGUUUAUACUGCGAUCGCAACGUGCGCUCUCAAUGUCCGUGCCCUUCUUUUCGCCCUCUUUGGUCACCUUUGGCGCAAUACUACAGACAUCUGGUUCUAUUAUUGCGCUGGCCAAGUCCUUUCAAUGAAUAUCUUCAUUUCAAUUAUUGUCAAAUAAAUAAAGAGACUAAAGUAAAUUAAGUAGUCUAUAC